AAGCAGAAAAAUAAUUCGGACAGCCCGGACCGGGAAUCGAACCCGGAUCUUUUGGUUACGCACCAACGGCUCGGACAGUUAAGCUAUCUGAGACAUCGUCCUCGAUGUAACUAUUUAUCAAUAGUUACUUACACUAAUGCACAGUUCGAAAAACAGAAAAAUAAUUCGGACAGCCCGGACCGGGAAUCGAACCCGGAUCUUUUGGUUACGCACCAACGGCUCGGACAGUUAAGCUAUCUGAGACAUCGUCCG